CAAUUUGAACUCCUCUCACGGUUUUCAGAGAAAUCUGUUGGUAUUUGACAGGAAUGGGGCUGAAGCUGGAUCUCCCUGCCACCUAACAGUCUGAUAACUGAGUACAAUGAGAAACCUUACACAACUCACAGGCAGCGGCACAAUCAGACUGAUGUUGAUUAUUAUCACCGGUAGCAGUGUGGAGCGAGAGAAGAGGAUUGCCAAGGUGUGUAGCUUCCUUACAAAACAGUUUGACCUUUACGGAAUCAAUCUAUUUCUUUACAUUCUUAUCUUCCUCUUCUUUUGUUCAAUUGGACAUACUUUGUAGAUAAUGUCUUCAAAUGUGUUUUCCUAUUCAGAUAUAUUCUAAAUGAAAAUACAAGUAAACACCAUCAGUGAUCUUUAUAUGCUAAUAUCCUAAUCAAGCCAUAAUCCAUUAAAAAACCUAAGGAUUGGUACAUUUCAUUUUCUAUUUCAGCCAAAUGCCAAGAAAUGUACAGAUUAGAUGUGUUGGACUGUGCUGCAGUGUCUUUACCCCAGUGCCUUUACAAAAAGAAUAAGGUAAAGUAAAAAUACAUUGCAGACUGAUAUCUAAAGCUGGACAACGUGGAGAAAUAUAGAGACAAACAUGAGUGAAUUCAUUUGACGUUCACCACAAUAUUGUGUAAUGUGUUUUGUUUUCAUUUUUUUAGGAGACCUUAUUUUGGAUGGUUGAUUGAUACCAAAAAUUAAAGAUAUAUACAUCAGAGGAGUGUUGAUUUAUAUGAUGUAAUGUACUACAGAAAGAUUUAUGUUGAUGUUAUUAUUUUUUUGUUUUACUUUUAUGUGGUCACUUACAUUUACACCUGAGAUGUCUGGUGAGUCACAUACUUCACAUAAGUCAAAGAGUCUAUUCCCAUUUAAAAUGUAAAAACUGCUAUUCGUUUUUCAAUUAGAGGACAAAGUCCACAGUCUUCUUCUUUGUAAAAAAUAUGUUUUCAAGUUCAGCAAAAGCUUACAGGCAGAAUCAUCAACAACAAGGAAACACUGUUCGAAGCAACAUUAGGAGGAAAUGUGAUACUAAAAACAACUGACUUCUAGAAUUGUUUUAUAAAAAAAAUACAGUGAGGACUUGAUACUGGAUAUUUUUACAAGUUGAGUCAGUCAAGUUAGAAAUUGAUUUCUUAAAGGCCAGUAUGGACGUAUGUUGAUUAUGUUUUUUUUAAUGUCAAAUAUUAAUCUGAAAAGUAACUAACUACAGUGGUCAGAUUAAUGAAGUGGAGUAACAUAUACAGUAUUUGACAUCAGUAAAACUCCAGUAAAUGUGCUGCUCAAAGGCAAGUUCUAUUGCAUUACAUGUUAAGAAUAUAAAACCUGUUCAAAAAACAGCUACUUGUGAGCUAACAUAAUUAAGCACUCAAUAAAUAAUAAUUGUAGACAGCAGUGCAAUGGUGCAGAAUGAACAUUUUCUGAAAUCAUUACUGAAUAUCUAGAUAGUAUUUGUAUUAUGUUCAACUUAAUGCUGUACUGUACGUCUUUUACACAUGCUGUUAAUAUAUUUAACAUGAGUAAUAUUUAAAUUAAAUCAUGUUACAGUAUGUCUAUCAGUGCCACACUUGUGAUUUGUUUAUAACACAGAGGAUUAGAGCGCCCUCUGCUGUCGACACAUGUCUUUGACGGACAGGAAACAGAAAAACAGGGGAGCGGGUUGAGGAAAUCUGGGAGGAAAGAAAAGAAAAUCUGAGUCAGCAACAGCAGUGGCUCAGGUCUGCUUCUCAACUCAACUUCCGCGGAUCGGUAUACGUUCUGAUGUCCAUAAAAUAAUACUUUAAUGCUCAUCAAUGAGCCUGCAGGAGUCUAGUCUACUCUAAGAAGCAUCUGUGGUGGAAAAGACGAAGCGGAGGCUCAGAAGAGAGGAAGGACCGUCUGAGGAGCUUUGAUGAACAAGAGGAUUAAAGCAGAUCUCUACACUCACCACAUGUCCCUCUGCUAAAUAUUUAUCUCCAAACUUCAUGUCCAUCCGAGUUUCUGCCAUGAGUGUUCUUCCUCCUGUUCGAAAGGACCGUAUCAUUGCUCAGCUUCCUCAGUUUUUCAGGAAAGAGGCUGCUUUCCACACAAAGGAGGAUUUCAACAACAAAGUGAAGACUGCGUGUCAGGAGCAACGCACCGGCACUGUGGGCAGAUUUAAAAUCUCUAAGGUGAUUGUUGUGGGUGACCUGGCUGUGGGGAAAACCUGUCUGAUUAAUAGAUUUUGCAAGGAUGCUUUUGAUAAAAACUACAAGGCAACGAUCGGUGUGGACUUUGAGAUGGAGCGCUUCGAGGUGAUGGGUGUUCCUUUCAGCCUGCAGCUCUGGGACACUGCAGGUCAAGAGAGGUUCAAGUGCAUUGCUUCUACUUACUACAGAGGAGCCCAGGUUGUGAUUAUUGCAUUUGAUGUAAAUGACGUCGCCUCCUUGGGCCAUGUGAGGCAGUGGCUCGAAGACGCCCUGAAAGAGAACGACCCCACCGCCGUUCAGCUGUUCCUUGUGGGCACAAAGAAAGACCUGAGCUCACCUGCUCAGUAUUCUCAGAUCGAACAAGACGCCCUUGAAUUAGCACAAGAGAUCACAGCAGAGUAUUGGGCUGUGUCCUCGCUAACAGGGGAAAACGUCAAAGAGUUUUUCUUUCGAGUUGCAUCGUUGGCAUUCGAGACCAAUGUUCUGGCCGAGUUGGAGAAAACUGGAUCGAGGCAAAUUGGGGGCAUCGUCAGAAUAAACAGCACGCCAAACAAUGUGCAUGCUUCAACGAAGAAGAAACAGCCAAACUGCUGUCAGUGAGGAAGUUUGAAGUAGGAAAAGACUGAAAAUAAAUAAGGCUGAAGGGAUUUCUGUGGUGAAAGCAGAAGGAGGGACGCUGGAGUAUGUACUUCCUGACCUGAGUGGGUUCAGUUUUUCCUGGCCUAAAAAUAGUUUUCCUCUGUGGGAUGUGGAUUCUUGUGGUGUUGCUCAGUUUAACUGAAAGUUAAAGUGACACAGCAAUUACACAAAAAUUACUGGUACUGCAGAAAUUCCAAAGAGAGACUGUGGAUGUGGAGUGUGUGGGUGAUUAGAUAUUAAGUUAAGCUGCUGUAAUUUGUUUAAUAGUUUAAUAGGUUUUUCUUCGAAAUAAUACUCUGAUUUACCUUAAAGUUUGUUAAAUGGCCUUGUUAAUUUGGUAUUUCAAGUGUUUUCCUAAUGUCAUAGAUUUUCCAAACCUUACUGUAGGGAGUAAGAAUAAAUCACAAGAAAAUAACAUGAAAACAUAUUUUUUAAUCUACAGUUUUUGCUUCAUAGGUACUUUUUCUACUUCAAAUCAAUGACUAAAUUUGAAUGAUAUCAUAAACAACUGAAACAGUGUGUACCAAUAUUUUUUCAAGUUAUGUUGAACAUGUAAUAAAUAUAUAUAAUUUUAA